CAGGAAAAAGCCCAAAAAAUCAUUAAAUAAAAGCUAAAAAAGUUUUGAUUUGCGGCUAAAAUGAAGCGUAUUCACGCCGAUACGUAUGCGCCCAAGUACCACAGUGGCAAGUGGUCGUGGGACAAUAAAACCGACAGUCUGCACUUUGAGCCCCACAACGACUUGUCGGACGCAAGGGAGCGCUAUAUGGAGACGAACGGAUACAAAUUCCUUCGCACAAUCAACCAGGAGGAGGAACUGAUCUUUCGGCAGGAGUUUCUGCGUUCUGAAGCCACUUUUGAUACGGACACUGUUGUGAUAAACGAUGUCCGUGAUCUGGUGUUAUUUCUGAUGCCCGAAGAAUUUCUGACCUCGAAAUUUCUUGAUUUUAUACACAGGCCUGCCGUGCACAGAUUGCUUCAUGCUCUGAUCAUCUACUUCGAGUACUUUCUGCGAAUGGUCGAAUUUGUGCUGAUCCGGCGGGAUGAGCUCGCUGGCGAUAUGGCCCAGAUACAGAGCGAGCAGACAAAUGAAAUGAAGCGCCUUUUUUCGAUAUACUUGAGUCAGUAUCGCAUGCUGGUGGCACGAAAUUAUAGCGUAAUCCUCAAGGGCGAAGGCGAUAUGGCGGAGUUCUAUCACAUGAAGGAGAUUGUCAACAUUUCGGCGACCAUUAAGGAUAAGUUCUUUCACGAGCAUUUUCUGGCCGUUGCCACGCAGAUCGUAUGGAUUACUUUGCACAGACGCGCCUACAACGUGAUCGAGAUGGAGAUGAAUCGACUAUUUCGCUCUGAGCACUUUGUGAUCAAUCAUCCAGAGUAUCCGAAGUUCACACCCUUGGAGCGCAGCUUGCUCUAUGGUCGCAAUUACAAGAUUGUUAACUAUCGCACCCAGGUCUCGCCGUUGAUUCAGGAGCUGGAGCAUAUACCCGAAGAGGAUAUGGCCAUUCUGUGGAUUGGUGAGCGCAAGUAUCGGGGCACCGACACUCGCAUAGUGCAGAUCGAGCUGGAGUAUAUUGUGCCGGGCCCCCAGCUGUUCAUGAUCGAUGUAACCCACGGCAUUCUAGGACAUCCAAAGAUAUUAUACGACACCACUCUGAGCCUGGACUGGCCCGCGGUGCGUUUUGCCAACUACUCUGCUGACCACGAUCCAUAUCAGAUUGUGCGGCAGCCGCAUCUGCAAAUACCCAACAUUAACGAGAUCAAGAUGCGCAAAAUGUCUAAGUUCUACGAUCAGUUCUUCAAGGUAUAUCGCAUCUACGAGCCGUGCUCCCCGCAGAUGCUAUAUAAGUGGUACCGGCGCGAGAAGGUGAUUAAGUUUUAUCGCAGUGGUGGCGUCCUCAAGGACAUCUAUGUACGCUGCAAAAAGGACCUGGCCAGGCAGAAAUAUGGUCCCGCUGUGGAUACCAUUAUUUCCAAAUACUUUAAGGUUGUAUCCAGGCUCCGUAAGAACACAUUAGGCAGUAUUGCCGAUGAUCGAUCAAGCAGGGGUACUCUUGCAUCAAUCAUGCCUAAAGAACGCCUGAAGCCGCGCAAAAUGGGUGACGAUCAUUACUUCGAAGUGUAAUGUUGAUUGUGAACGGAAAUCCGAUAACGGUAAUGUAGCACCCGAUCAGCUGUUUCUGUUAUGAUACAGUCACCGCUAGCAGAGAAAUCCGGUAUACUGUCUGGUGUUACAUUUGAUGGAGUUUAUGACUGAAUAGAAAAAGAAUUAGUUCCACUAGUAAAUCAAAUGUUGGUUAUUGCUUUUGUGUAUGCUCGUAACCGUCUUAUCAAGUAUCAAAAACUAGAUCAUAAAUAAACGAGCAUACACAAAAGCUAUCAGCAGCUGGUUCACAUUCAUGCUGUGAACUAAUUCAAAAAAGAACUAUCGUAUUCGUCGCAUGGUUACAAAUCGAUAGUUUUCUUCGUCAGCCCUGGCUAAAGUAAACGGCCAUAUUUUACGUGGUAAAGGCAAGAGUUUAGGGUUUUAAAUUGAAAUCACAAUUGUUAAAUAAAUCAGUUAGUCGCAAAUAAAAAAUUAUAAAAAUAA